AUGUCAGCAUCGCGCCAUGCGCUGGGCGAGUACGUCGGCGGAGCGCGCGAGCUGCCGCUGCUCCUCUACUCCACCGCCUCCUCGUGGCCUCCCAAGCCGUCCAGCGCAGCACGCAGGACCGACACGACGCACAUCGCCGUGCUCGACUCGUCCUUCAACCCGCCCUCGCACGCGCACCUCGCACUCGCGCUCGCGGCGCCUCAGCCCACGGCGCACCUGCUGCUCUUCUCGGCCAAGAACGCCGACAAGGGGGCCGGGCGCGUGGGCGAUGUGCGCGUCGAGCGGCGCCUCGACCUGCUCGUGCUGCUGGCGCACGCACUUGAGGAGCGGCUGCGCGCACAGGGACACGAGCCUCACGUCGCCGUCGCACUCGUCAAGGAGCCGCUGAUGGCGAGCAAGUCUACAUUGCUGCACGACUACCUCUCUGAGCAUGGCUUCGCGCGCCCGAGCAGCACCGCCAGCACUUCUGCCGAGCCCUCUGCUCGUCUGCACUGGCUCGUAGGCACCGACACGCUCGUGCGCUUCUUCGAGCCGAAAUACUACGGCGGCGAGGCGGAGUUGCAGCGCGUGGCGCGCGGCUUCUUCGACGAGGAGCGCACAACGUUCAUCUGUGCGCGCCGGCCGCAGAGCGACUCGCAGGCCGAUCGCGACGAGGAGGAGCAAAUGCUGCGGCGGCCGCUCAUUGCGCCGCGUGUGGAGAGCGGCGACGUGAGCGUCGUGGAUGUCAAGGAGGCGCAGGGCAUCAGCAGCACGGCGGUGCGCGAUCUGCUCAAGGGCAAGGCAGAUGAGACGCGCGGGGAGGAGCUCCGCAAACUCGUCCCCGACAACAUCGCAGAGUAUCUCGAGCAGCACGCAGGCGACGAUCUGUGGAUCGCUGAGGGCGAGCAAUGAAUGUGGGGUAUCUCUUGAGGAAGAGCCAAUGAUACAUGGAGGCAGUGG